AUGUACAGCGAAGGCAUAAGCCCUCAACUUGCAAAUGAGACUGCUGCCUUGGUUCAGAGUCUUCUGAGGGUUUGCUGCGAGCAGUGGGAAGAUACACAGUGGAGCGAAGACCGAGUAGAAGAUGCUUUGCAGGCGGCGAGGCAGCGCUUUGCCUGCCGCCUACAGGCCGCCCUGAGGAUGGAGAGGAUUGUGCCAGAUGCAGAGGUUUCCUUUCAAGACGGGACUUUUCAUCUUCAGUCGGAGGAGUUUGGCAUUUCGAAGAAAGAGGCGAUGACACUUCAAAGGCUUCUGGACAAAAUCGCCGUCUGUGCGGGCCAGAAGCUUCCAGAGACUCUCAUCCAUGAGUCGCAGUGUUGUAUCCUUUACGAUGCUAUGGCCAUGCUUUUCCAGGAAAAUGUGUGGGAUGGCCGUAGAAAACAAAACCUAUGGCGCUUUGUGUACGAGGAGCUCGAUGCCCAAACUCACAGUAAGCUGGCGUUUUGGGAGAGCUUUGCGGCUUUCGGGGGCCAUCCGACCCAUGUGAUGUUCAAAUCAAAGCUGGACAUCAGCACCGGCCAGCCCCUGGGACUCCGCGAGGUCUUGGACUACUCUCCAGAGUUCGAGCGAUCUGUCCCCUUGCGACUGCUCGCUGCACAGUGCGAGGUCAUGAUUGCUUUUCCAUCAGCACAGGAGUGGCAAGACUUUUGGUGGACCCAUCACCCACAGGCCAUGGAGGUUUUGGCAGAAGAGGUGGGAAAAGCACACAUGAACGAGUAUGUGAUGCUUUGGGUGCAUCCGCUGAACGUGGAGAACCUUCGGAAGACACUCCCACGUCACUUUGAAGAGAAGUCCUUGCGAAUCCUGCAGCAGCAAGGCUUUGGGCAGGCAAGGCCAACUUUGUCAUUUCGUACCUUGGACGUACCUGAUGGCUAUUACGUCAAGCUGCCUGUGCCACUGCAGCUGACGUCCUGGCCGCGGUAUGUGUCUCCCGUGGAGAUCCAGGAGAGUGCGGUGCUGUCGAAGCUUUUGCCGAAGCUUGAUCUUACCUCCAAUCUGGUGAUGCUCCCGGAAACUUGGACUUGCCACUUGAGUUUUGAAGACACGCAAGGGGUUGCAACUUAUCCACAGGCACGCUAUUGCAGCAUGCUAGUGCGUGAUUCUCCCUUACCUUUAGUUCGAGAUGGGCAUCGCUUGGUGCCUCUGGCAGCUACCUUUUCAACAACCCCAGCAGGGUGCAUGCUUUGGGAAGAGAUCUGGGCCACAGCAGGCAUAGGAUGCAGUGAAAUCUUGAACUGGUUUGCUAGGUAUGUCCAGGUUGUCGCUGAGUGCCAAAUCAUUCCAUUUCUGCGGUACGGCUUGAUCUUCGAGGCACAUCAGCAGAAUGCUCUCGUCGAGCUCUCGCAGAAUGGUUGGCUUACACGCUUGUUCUACCGGGAGAUAGGUGGAGGUAUUGAAUGGGAUCGGCAGCGCUUGGAUGCUUUUCCUGAUCUGGACUUUUCCUCGCAGCUGUACGCCAGGCACGACAUGUUCAUACCGUUGCAGACAUGUCACAGCAACCUGAGGCACACACUCCUUGAGAGUCACUUGCUUCCACUGGCUGACAAGUGCUCUUCGCACUUCAGCGUUGCAACCGAACAGCUUCACGACAUCAUACGGUUAGAGUUGUCAGCCACCAUUCGGUCGGCGCAGCCAGCUGCGGACGACUUGUGGAAAGUGGAGCAAUUCGAGGAAUACGCCGGAUUGCUUCGCGCCAGUCUCCUGGAAGAAGCAUGCUGCAAGCGUAAAGCCUUGUUGCGCAUGCGUCUGAGCAACACAAAGGAUCCUAUCUUCAUCCAGCACACGAACAGUUUGGCGUUGGUCUCCCAUAAGGAGUGUGAAGAUGCGCUUGGAUGCAUAAACACAGACUUGAACAUCAGAGCAGUGGGAGUACGGCAGAGCUUAGUGCUCUACCUCCUGUUCAUGGUGGCGGCUGUGGCAGGAGUCUGGUACUUCGUGACAACAGCUCCGCCGCUUCCACAGGCGCAGUGUUCUGAGAUAGUGACCCCCAUGGAUGUCAUUCGCGGCAAGCUGGUCCGUGAGCCUCAGAAGUCCAUCCUUGACCUGUGGAAUUGUCUGCGCGAGUACAAGAAGGACAACUGGUGGCACACCACAGCCGGCAUUUGGGGGAUCUAUGUGAUCUUCAAGAUUUUUGGUCCUUUUGGUGCCGGGACGUCUAUGGUUCUAUCGGUACUUAUAGGCGCACUCUAUGACGAGUGGGCCGAGCCGAACACGCAUUAUUCCUUCCUGGCGCACCUUCUAGGUGUGAGUGGUGAGGUUUGCGGAGGCGCUGGUGGCUGGAUAAUGUCGUACUGCAUUGGGCGGGAGAUCCUCUUGCACUUUGCCGCAGAGAAGAUGGCGACCUUGAAGAAGGAGAUGGACAAGUUCCAGGGCUCCAUGUUUCGGUAUAUGCUCUUCCUGCGCGUCUCUCCGCUCUUUCCCAACUGGUUCGUUAACUAUGCGACAGCCAUGAUCGGUAUGCCGUUCUCUUACUUUCUGGUCGCUUCGACGCUUGCCAUACAGCCGGCCGCCUGCAUGUCCAUUGCCAUGGGAAGCAUGCUCCGGGAUGUUGGUGAGAGCGGCCUAGACCUGGUGAAGUUGGCGAAGCGCGGGGGCAUGAUGGCUACCACCAUGGCCCUGCUUUCGCUGCCGCUGAUUCCGGCUGAUGACUGGGCCAAGGGCUUGGCCCGCGCCAAGAAAUUUCUUGGCAUGAAGGUGCCGGAGAAGGCGGAGUAA